AUGGAUGGUUUAAAUGAUAUUUCUGAAAACAACAAGACAAAACGGUGAGUUGUAUUGAUGAGUAAGUUGUUUGUUUUGCAAGUACAAAGCUGUGUAGUCCUGCCCUGUUGUAGAAUGUUCCUCUCGUAUUCUUUCUAGUCAUGAGGCGAGUCCGGUGGAGGAAAGCGUUUGUUGGUAUGAUUUCUUUAGAGACGUUGGAACUCAAGUGAGUGUUUUAAUUUAUUUAUUAUCCUGAAGAAAACAUAAUUCGUCUGAUAUAAUACGUUAUCAUGUGUUUGUAGACACGUCAAACAGGCAAGAUCAGCAUGCAUAUACGUGGUUUGUUUGGAUAGAUAGAAAUAUCAUGUAGAAAUACGACAUUCGACGAACUAUCAGGAAAAUAUCAAUCAUUAUCUAUUCUCGAUAGUUUAUCUCAUUUACAAUAACCUUGAUGGCUUGAUUGAUAACAGCAUUUUUUCUGCUGCACAACUUAGCCUGUAUAAAUAAAACUCAUUAAUAAUUCAUGAAGAAAACACAAAGAAUAAUCAUAAGCGUGUCGUAUAAAGUUUAUAUGUGAUAGAGAUUUAAAUUCCUUGAUUUACAUAAACUUUAACUUAGACUUUCUCGAUUUAUACAACGUACGUUUUUUUUAAAAUUACUUCGCCAAUGAACUUGCUAGAUCGAUUGUUUUUGAAGCAAUUAAUUUAAAACAUUCGCAGUGCGUGUUUUGUCAGACCUAAAGAUACUCGGUUUCGCCUCGUAUCUUUAUAUCUGAUAAAACACUGCUGCUCAUAAUUUAAAUAGUGCAUAAAUGAUUAUUAUUUAUUUGUUUUGGAUUUAUUUCAUGAUUUCUAUUAAGUUUUUAUUCCACAGUUGUUUCUCUACGAAAUAUUUUUACGUUCUCUUGUAUUUUUUGAGGUUGAGGAAGAUGACAUACUCCGAGAGAGUGAUCUUCUGGAGGAGCGCGUUACUCCAGACAAUUCUCCAGCGCGAGUUGGGAUGUGUGCUACAGGUGUCGCUGAAACUGCUGCAGUCGGAAACUGUGGUCAGAUUUUUGGAACAGCAAAACUUAACACUGAACCACGGCUCACGUUUAUGUUGCCUUCAAUAAGAUCUGCAUUUGAUGGAAACGUCACUCAAUCUUCUCCAGUAAGUAUUUCACCAUUGAACGAAUUGAGUUUGCGUAGAGCUUACAGCGUAGAGCUUACAUCGUAGAGCUUACAUCGUAGAGCUUACAGCGUUAGAGAUUACAGCGUAGAGCUUACAGCGUAGAGCGUGUCUCACAAUUUCUGUUCAUCUUGUAGAGAAGCGCUGCAGUGAAUGGUCGAAGUGAAGCAUCCAGCAGCGGAGUUUCUGUGGGUGAACCUUUAUGCAACCUGCACAGCAUUCCUUCCACCCUCUCAUCAUCCACUUCUUCAUUGCCACCUGUGACGUCACUUUCUGUGAUGUUACCACAUGUGACGUCACAACCCAUGACGACAUUACCCACGUUGUUGUCAUCUACCGUGACGUCAACAACUAUGACGUCAGCAAAGGUCACGGCAGUUACCAUGACAUUCCCGCAGGUGACAUUUGCAACCAUGACUACCAGCAAGCCAGCACCAAUGCCAUUAUUCUCCAUGACGUCACCACCACUAAUGUCUGCAACUAUGACCACCAGCAAGUCAGGAGAAAUGACGUCACUAUCCAUGACGUCACCACCAGUAACGUCUGAACUAUGACCACCAGCAAGUCAGGAGAAAUGACGUCACUAUCCAUGACGUCACCACCAGUAACGUCUGAAACUAUGACCACCAGCAAGUCAGGAGAAAUGACGUCACUGUCCAUGACGUCACCACCAGUAACGUCUGCAACUAUGACCACCAGCAAGUCAGGAGAAAUGACGUCAGUAUCCAUGACGUCACCACCAGUAACGUCUGACACUACGAAGUUACUACGUAAGACGUCAACAAGUAUCACGUCAGCAACAGUAACUAUGACACUUCCACCAGUCACGUCGUCACCAAUGACGUCAGAUGUUCUGAUGACGUCAGCAUCAUUCCUUCCUUUGCUAACAACAAAUGUGUUGGAUUCUUCCAAGAAACGCAAGAGAUUGUCGCCCAAACUCUCUGACGGCAGAGUAGUGAAUCGCAAGUCUCGAAGUCCUUCACCCAGACUAUCACCGAAACGAUGUAACGAGCAGAAAGUCGUUAGCCGAAGUCCUUCACCGCGACGCCGUGACCUGAAGACACGGGGAAGCCUAGAUACAGUUUCACCCACUCCUUUGCAUGAUCAAUCACGUGAACAAACACGUGACAUAACGUCAGUGAAAGAAAAACAGACGUUAACUGGUGUACGUGAAAGUAUGGAACGAAGAUCCACAAAGAAAGUUAUUGUGAAAGAAACAACCCAGGAACAAAGUAUCCAGGCGAAAAGUACCCCGGAACAAAAUACCUCAGGGAAAAGUACCCCUGAAGAAUCUGCCAUGGAGCAAAAUAGCUCACUGGAGAAAAACACCUCUGAACAAAGUACCAGGGAACAAAUGACCUCGAAACAAAGUAUCCCGGAGAAGAGACCCCCUGGAAAUCAUCCCGUACUGUUGACAGGUCCACUAGUUUAUACGCCUGAGUAUGUACCACUGUUGACAACAUUUGAGAACAGUACUCCACAAACUAACACUCUGGAAACUACUAAACCUGCUCUGGAAGCCAGGAAAUCUAGUUCUAGCAGUGUUGAAAAAGGUAAAACUGGAUAUACAGAUCUGGAAACUGGUAAAACUGGCUCUACCAGUCCAGAAAUGAUCGCCAGUACUAACAGUGCGGGCCCAUCGGGAAACGAGAAGUCACAUCAUUCUGUCAGCGGUAAAAAGAGACGAAGAACAGGCGCAAGGUCUUUUGGGAAAGGCAAGAAAAAAAAGAGCAGGACAGUAGUGGAUAAGACAGGUGAUGAUAGAGAACUGAGGGACAGAUUACCUCAGAGAGUCUGGGAUGGAACUUCAUAUAAAGUUGAGGUAUGUUGAGAUCAUUGCUUGAGAUAAUGAGUUAUAUUGUUAUUCUAAUGAGUUUCACAGCCAUCUUCCCUUCGAUAGGAUAUGCUCAGCUGACAUGAUUGCAAUUAUUAUUUUAUUAUAUUCGCCAUCAAAUACAUGAGUAUUAUAUAAAUUAUUUUCUCACUCUGAAAACUGCAGGUGGACCCUUCAAAACCUUCCAGUACAUAAAUGAAUGCAGUUUACAUUUAAAAUCGUGAAAAAAUGUUCCGUUUAUAAUAAUCAACUUUUUCAAUAGGAAGUGGGAGACAUUGACUUCAAUCCAGAGCUAUCAAGACGAGUCAGUCACGCUGGAAGUUUGGGGAGAGUUUCGUCCAACCCAAAUACCCGACUCCGCUCUAGAAAUGGCAGUAAAUCUUCCACUAGUGACGCCAUCUCAACUACUGACGUCGUGCCAAGUGAUGACGUCACAUCAACAUCUGACGUCAUCAAUAAUGAGGUCAUAUCUAAUAGUCACGUCAUUUCAGCGAAUGACGUCAUCUCAGGACAAUCACACGAGUCAGAAGCAUCUGGAAUGGCAAUGUUGUGA